CGUGAUUCUUAUCGACAUGUCUUAGGAAUAAGAAAGAGUAAGAGCAGUGAGAGAAUGCAAAAUUAGAGUUGUAACUCUGUUGUGGUGUCUGGCCCGUAGCGCCCUCCUUCUGAAAGUUUUAUGUGUCAAGCAACAGCCCCGAAGAAAAAAGUUAAUUAAUACAGUCUCAUUCACGAGCCAAAAAAAAAUAGCAAAAGGAAGCAAAACAAAGUAGCCUCUCGCACUCGCUUCACCUCUAAUGUCCUCUCGUCGCCUUUGUUCUCUCAUUAUAGCGAAGGUAACAUGAUGAACUAGUCAACUCACAACAAGUAGCCGCAGAAGUAGGCUAGGUAAGAACUACCUUCCCCUCUGGUAGUUCUCUAGCGAACAGGGAAAGUAACAUGAAAUUUCGGUAGAGUGUGUAUACCACAGUUGCGAUUCAAGGCUUCUCAAAUAACAACUGUUUCCUCAGUUAGGAGCCUCUCCAUCUCAUUGCUUGUAAUUACUAUUACCGAAAAGAAAAAUCAUGGCGCCCGCUAAGGCCUCUGCCUUAGAGGUAGAGUUCUGGAAGUUUUUGGCUUCCGACACCGUCAGCCUCAAACAGCGGAUUCCGGAUGUAGCUGUUUUCACGAAGAGGCAUCACUUUGAUGGCUGGUGGCAUACGACGAAAACAGGUCUGUUAGCGAAAAAGCAAAAUGGGACGAUCGACCAAUUUUUGCAAAGAGUACUGCAGGUGGCGGAGGUAUUGGUGACGCAUAAUAUUCGCUCAUGCCUAGUUCGUUGUAACAUUGUAACAGAGAUAGGUACUUACACUGUAAUUUUCCUCGAUAGUUCGGAGGUCGCUCGUAACCCUAUUCGCAAACAAUAGGUACUUUCACUGUCUCACUUCUUUCAACUUGUCCCUGAGUCUUGCUUUUGAGGCUUGCGACCGACGAUGAAACAAUACAUGGAUGUUAGGCAAGGUUCCAUCAGUUUCCCUUUUCAUAACUAUCAGGAACGACACCGCGCCAAAAACCUACCAUUUGGGACGCAUACGCCAGCAGCGAUAUUACGUAAAGUCGCGCCGGUCGCUGGAAGCCAGGACAAAGAGGGAUGUCCGGUAGCAGUCAUUCUGACUGCUGGCGAGGUCUCGCAGGUCAUCGACAGCGUCAAAAACCGAUCAUUCGAUGAUUGCGAUGUACUACUACAACUGUUCGUUAUUUUUACUUACUAGAUCUUUGAUUUAAAAACGAGUCAACAAGCUUGUCUAAAGGGAUAUUACUAGAGUUCGUUCUUUCAAAAAACGUUCGGAUAACGUAAAAAGAGGCUCCAUGACAUGACAUGACUUUGUCUAAGGUCUACAAGAUUAUCUGAUUUGGAUAAAAAUGCCAUUUAUUAAUCCCUUGUCAGAGCAGACGUUUACGUUUUUCAUUCAGAUAGUGUGCCUUAGACGAGCCUUCCAUUCCGUCUAUCAAACGCACAGGACACAGGUCUUUUCCAUCCAAGCUAUUGUGGAGCCUUUUGAGGAUCAGAGAGUGGUGUCCGUUUAUAGCUGCGACCUCAUGGGAGAAGAGAGGUCCGACAUAUUUGGACGAACAUUCGAGAAGGUCUACCCGAUAGAACAGAACAAACCGAUAGAAAUACAGACACCAGGAGACGUGGAGGCUGAUAAAUUUAUGUCCUUGUACAGACGAACACGAAUUCGAUAAUUGCUGCACUUGUUCUUUUAUUUCUCUUUCACUUCGUUAUUCCUUUAGUUGAAGUUUUUUAGGCUCUGCGAGAUCCUUUGUUUAAUGAAAUAUUUAGUCUUUGGUCUCUUCCUCGGCUCCUCAACAUUGUUAUCAUACUUAUCUUGUUUUACUUGCUCUUGCUCAACGAAUUGAUGAUCUCGAUUUUUUUUCUCUCCCACCCACAUCCUCCUCUAACCGAUGUCAAACGAUUGCGCCGAAUCGACGACAAUUGAUCGAGAGCAAGACUCUAGCCCUAGUCCGCUUCGUGAGACGAAAUUUUGAGAUUGCGUUGGACGGUUUUAUCGCGGAGUUCCUGGUCGACAAAGACAACAAGAUAGUUCUCCAUGGCGUGUGGUCGGCAACGGUGUACAAAGAGGGCAACAUGGUGCCUCAAGACCCGGGCAAAAAGCUCCAGCAACGACAGCAGCCGAGCAAAGCCUACCCUUUUCCAACAGAUAGGGUGAAGGGGAUUACGUUGCCUGAGUAAUUCAUUUCUAGUUGAUGUUCUUGUUCACAAAGUAGUUCGAAGGAACUUGAAUUUGUAGUUUUCAUGUUAUUCCUGGUGGCAGUUUUUAUGCUGGUUAUCAACAUUCUUGGAUGAAAUGCUUGUCCUGAUUCUACGUAUUUUUCCUCGUAGAUAUUUACAAGAAUUAAAUAAGUAGUCUCGUCGACAGUUUCGGAAUACUGAACUGGGCAAAAUUCCAUCCCGUAUUUAUAAGAAAAUGCAACUCCUCGUCGCUGUAACUACAAAUGCAAAAAGAACACCUUCCCACAUGCGCAUUCAGAUUUCGUUUCGACCCGAACACGACCAAAGCGCACUCAACUCUGCAUGAGGAAAGGAGAAAGAAGAAGGUCGGUGAACGAGAAGCUGACGAGUUGAUAGACCGAAUAGUUGGGAAUAAGAGAAAGGGGGACGAACCUGAACUGCUAUUAGAAGUCUGGUCAGAGGAGGACUAUCUAGGCGAAAUCAUGCUGCCGAAACUGUCAGACUUGGACAGCGUGAAGGGGCCAAAGAGCUAUAGGAUAGGGAAACCAGAUUCGAAAACAACGAGGAUGUUAUGAAAAACGGUAUUGCGGAGUUUUAUAACAGAGCAGUUAGUUAGUUAGUUAGUUAGUUAGUUAGUUAGUUAGUUAGUUAGUUAGUUAGUUAGUUAGUUAGUUAGUUAGUUAGUUAGUUAGUUAGUUAGUUAGUUAGUUAGUUAGUUAGUUAGUUAGUUAGUUAGUUAGUUAGUUAGUUAGUUAGUUAGUUAGUUAGUAUAUAAUAUAAAGGAAUGAGAAUGGGCAUGAUCAUACGCUUAUUGUUAUUCCCUUGUUCAAGUUCAUGAUGCACUCAAUCACACAGUUCUUGUUUCUCAUCCCCAUCUUCUAACUUUCGACGGCAAGAAAACUCGGUUUAUGAACGAUAGUUCUGUGACACUAGAACUGAAAUGGCAAGGAAACGGGGAACCGUUUCAGAACGAAUUGCGGCUACUGCUGAGUCACGGCCAGUUUGCCAUGCCUUGCAAUCCGAGAGUACAGUUGUGGCUGAGGGAAGAUGGUAUUAUUGCUAUUCGAUUUGAAAAAGGAUGAGUUUCAAUGUUCUUGAAGAUGUUCAUUCUAUUUUUUAUUUGCCAGAAUCGCUAAUGAAUUAGCUCACACAUCAUGUCAAGAAACCUCACCACUCCUAGGUGAAUACACUCCCUUGUGGACGAGUCAAGUUCAUAAGCAGACCGCUUUUCCGCAAUUUAAGGAGCAGGCAGAUCUCAAAAUAGAGCUAAAAGAAACCGAUGGCGCAGUAGAGCAGUGGCAGAAGACCAAGAAGGCGGCACGUGAAGGCGCAGAGGCCGCAAUAAAGCCACUAGCCGCAGUCGGAACGAGUGCCGCGAGCGGGAGCACAAGUAUUGUUCGAACACAGAUAAUGCUUUUGUUGCUGUUUUCGGUUUCUGCUGCUUUGAAUUCCUCGUUGACUAAAGAGAAAAGGUAGUCUUUUGGAUGGUCGUCAUCAAUUCCACAAUACGACACCAGGUAAAGCAGCACCAGCAAGAGCACGAUCGGCCGGCCCGUCGAAACUUAGUGCGAACACCCAUGUUGCCGGCGCAAGACUAGGCCAGCAUUGGGGUGUCGAUUCAACAGAUGCAGUUAUGUCAACGCAUGUUUUGGCAGCGCAAGUUUUGUCAAGGUACUAUAUAGCUCUUGAAGAUCAUUAUUAAGAUACCAUCAAAAAUAACAGUCACGAUGUCAACAUCUCCAUGUCUACCUCCACCUCACAGCAACGCCAUCACCCCCACCACCAGGUACCAAACCGAGCGCACGAAUCGUUGUACGAUGCUCUCUGUUCUUGCUCGCCAGCUAGAAAGGUUCCGCGACGUCCAACUAUCAUGGCAAGAACAAAGAAUGGCCGCAAGAGCAGCUGUCUCCAAAGCACAGCAAGACAUAGUGGAGAAGGAAGAACAGUGUAAGCUUCUUAUCAAGGAGAAAGAGGAGCUCGUUCGAGACUACAAGAAACGACUAGAGGCGAUGUUUCGUGGGGUCACUCGUGAUAUGGACGACAUGAAACAGCAGAAAGUGAUAGCAGAGAUUAAGGGUGGAGACCACAUUACAUCCUCAGCCAACAUCCUUCACCUUUUUUCAUUCUCUGGAAAAGAAGUGAAGGAUGUUCCGCAGAGUGCAAUGUCACAACCUCUAAAGAGAAUAAAUUAGCGGAAUCCCUGCAGAGAGAAGCGGAGCAGACGCGAAUGAUUGAGAAAUUGGAGCUGCGAAAUAGCGCUUUGCGAGUGACCAUCGACAAGACCAUGCACAAGAUGAACCAAUUAUCGGACGGUGCAGGUGGCGGUGGAGACGGUGCGGCAGCGAGUAGGUCAGACGGACCAAGAAUGGCCAUGGACAGUGAGGAUGGAGAUUAUGACUUUCAACUUUUGUUGUUGAACAGCGACGACUUCUACAUCUGACUCACAUUAACCUCAACGAGGACUUCUACAUCUAAAGACUCCAUCUUCUCUCUUUUUGUAGUACGUACCCAGCCCCCUCUUCUAAUCUCCGAAACUCCUUGCAGCGCAGGAGAAAAUCAAGAUCCUGGAGCACGAGAAAAAAGCGCUCUCUAUCGAUGCAGACAGUGCAAGGGUUGAGCUCCGGAAGAUGUAUCAGGAGAAAACCCAACUGGAGGAGAAAUCACAAAAGUUAGAACAAUUCAUCCGCAAUGUUGCGUUGAAGCCGUAG